ACACAUGCUUAAUCCUGCUCACCCCCGACCACCACCAUCAGCCACUUGCUAUCUUACUCCCAUACCAACAACAUGAAGAGAUUUCACCUGGGUGCGCCUUUAUCAUGUUUAUUUUUCAUCAUUAGGGUGAGCGUGGCACUGAGGACAGACACUGGGGAGGUGGAUGAUGUGUACAAGGUGGUCAUGGGCCGAGUACACCAUUCAGCUCUUGAUUGGGUCAGCAAGGAAAGUACUUCAUCACUCUUGGCCAAGCUGCAGUCAGAUGGGUCAUUCUCUGAUCUACAUUAUGGUGAAGAUAAGUCUACCUCCUUCAUGACUCACGGCCUUCGUCAGGGAGCUCUUAUGUAUCACCACCUAAACGGGGAAGACUUGGCUGAAGAGGUGUUGUCCUGUUUCACCUACAUCACCUACGACGCCCCAGCCAACACAGAUACAAACUGGUGGGGUCAAGUCAUCGGGACGCCUUACAGGAUGUGGGAGGGCGUAGUGUUGGCGCGUGACCUCCUACCUGAAGACCUGCUGCUGGACUUCUUGAACAGGUACUGGGUCAACACACUCUAUGGACCUGUCUGGAACCUGAAGCAAAAGAAUGAAAACAUGGCAGGAGGAAACUUGGCACCAAGGGCCAUGUGUGCCGAGGUGGAGGCACUGCUCAGAGGAGAAUACGUGGACGUCCAUGCCCAGGUGACGGAGCAGCUGUACCGAGAACUGGCUCAGAGACAAGGCUGGAACAACGCCGGGCUGAGGCCAGACGGUUGUUUACAUCAACAUAACAUGGAGCCUCACUUCACCCAACAUGGUCACCUGGACCACAUACUUGGGAACCUCUACAACGGCCAUUAUGGUUAUGAGUUACUCUUCUACGACUCCCUUAUUGUGUGGUGGUACUCGGGCACGGAGCUGGACUUUGAUGAUGCGACGGUGGAGGGGAUGUUCUCAGCCUACCUCGAGUGUCAACAAUGGCUCUUUAGAGGACACACCAUUGAUCCAACCACCACUGGCAGGUUCAUCGAUUCAGGUUCCGCCGUGACCAAGUUUGGGACGCGCACCGGAGUGAGGGACACGGGCCACAUCCUGCAGAAGGUAGGUCGUCACCAGCAGGAGGUAGCAGCAGUCUUACAUAGAUACGACAACCCAAUACCUGACCCGGAGUACGCACUGAGUGGCAACAAGUAUUUCUUUAAUUCUGACUUGACGGUACAUCAACAGCGGGAGUACAUGGCCAGUGUGAGAGUUCUGUCCAAUAGAACCACCAGACAGGAAACUUGGACUAGUGGACAGAACGUGGACGGGUACUUUCAGGGCGACGGCUUCAUGACAGUACUGGUGGACGGAAACGAGUAUGGCCAUGAGAAUGCUGAGGUCUUCCCGGUAUAUGACUGGGCCAAGGUACCGGGUGUGACCAACGUCUAUAACACAACCAUACCAAAGUUCAGCUUCGGCAGCUACUGGUCAGAACAGUUCUUCAACAACGCUAAGUUCGUGGGAGGAGCAACAGAUGGCAGCAUAGGUGUGACCUCCAUGGUGUACCAGCGACCUCACCUUCCCCUCACUUACCUCAAGUCCUGGUUCUUCUUCGAGGACGUCAUCUUCGUUAUGGCCUCUGACAUCACCCUGCCAGCCUGCAAUAACGCUAUUGAUAACGAUGCUGUCAUUACCACACUUACCCAGGGUGCCUUCGAGGGGGAGUACGUGCUGGGGACGGAAGGGGGAAAGGAAGAGAAGCUGGGGAUGGGCCACCACCAGGAGGACUCCCCCGCCUGGCUCCACCACCGAGAUGUGGGCUACGUGUUCCUUCACGACCAACAACACCCUCUCUUUACCUCCGCCUUGACUCACACCCACAAAAACAAGGAUCUUAAUGUGUUCACUGCUUGGCUGGACCACGGGUUUUCCCCCCAGUCGGGCCUCUUGACCUACGCUGUUCUGCCGGCCUCCAACCUCACCAAGACCCGGGCCUUCGCUGCUGACCCCGAUGUGGAAGUCAUCUCCCAGACGAGUGACCUACACGUCGUCUGCCACCAUCCCUCUAAGACGGUAGGGGCGGUGAUGGUGUCUGGUGGGCAGGUGACGGUGGGUAUGUGUGGUCAGGUGGGGCCACUAGACCUCCAGGUAGAUGCCCCCUGCAUCCUCCUCCUCACCAUCACCUCCCACACCGCUGAUGCCACCCAGCUUGACGUCACCCUGGCCGACCCCCAGCAGGAAUACGACGACAUCACCAUUAAGAUGUCAGUGGACGACCGCCAGGUGGAACACAAGAUCCUAUUGCCGUCACCACCACACCGAGGCUCCAGCACCACCACCUCCCUCACAGUAUAACAUCCGGGGACUCACGAGCCCCCACAUACUGUUUACAAGACCAAGAAGUAGUCAGAACUGAAAAAAAUUGCUGUGAAUAAAAUAAUGCAAGAUA